GUGGGCAGCUAUCCAAGCAACCCAGAAAAUUUCUUUUCCUGCACCCCGUGUUUUUAGUCCUUAUAAAUAUAGAGUUAUAAUUCUCGUCUCCAUUGCGGACCAGAAUUUUCAUUACCAGUCGCGCUGAAGUGCCUCCACUGCGGAAACCUCUCUCUCCCUCUCUUCUCAAAAUGGAACUGUUUCAGUCUCACAGGGCAGAGAUGAUAAGCAUAGCCGUGGCUCUCGUGGCCAUUGCCGCAGGCACCUCCUACUAUUACUACCUCACCAAGAAACCUAAAGGUUGCUUGGACCCUAAGAUCUUCAAGGAAUUUAAACUUGUCAAGCGCACCCAGCUCAGUCAUAAUGUGGCUAAGUUCAGAUUUUCUCUUCCUACACCAACUUCUGUGUUGGGUCUUCCAAUUGGACAGCAUAUGAGUUGCAGAGGAAAAGAUGGUCUUGGUGAAGAAGUUAUCAAACCAUAUACACCAACAACUUUGGAUUCAGAUGUUGGAUACUUUGAAUUAGUUAUAAAGAUGUAUCCACAAGGAAGGAUGUCCCACCAUUUUCGAGAGAUGUGUGAAGGUGAUUACUUGGCUGUGAAGGGUCCAAAGGGACGCUUCAAGUAUCAGCCCAACCAAGUUAGAGCUUUCGGGAUGCUUGCUGGUGGAACUGGCAUUACUCCAAUGUUCCAGGUUACAAGAGCCAUACUAGAAGACUCGGAUGACAAAACUAACGUACAUCUCAUUUAUGCCAAUGUCACACAUGACGACAUUCUUUUGAAGGAAGAGCUGGAUAACCUUGCCAGUAACUUUCCCAACCGCUUCAGUGUCUACUAUGUUCUGAAUCAGCCACCAGAAGAAUGGGAUGGUGGUGUUGGUUUUGUAUCCAAGGAAAUGAUUCAAACAUACUGCCCCGCACCGGCACCUGAUAUUCAGAUAUUGAGGUGUGGGCCACCACCAAUGAACAAGGCUAUGGCUGCCAUACUUGGUGAUCUUGGAUACGCUCCCGAGAUGCAGUUCCAGUUUUAAGCCUCUGAUGGAGAUCCUGUAAAAGCAUUAAAAUUAGACCUUGAUGUAAUUCCAGGAUUAUCAGAUUGGAGGUUUUUACAAAGGGAGCUGUUAGAACAAUUAACCUGCUUGGAAAGGCCCGUGCCCUGCAAUUUCAAGCUAUUGAGUUGACACUUUUAAACGCU